AUGUUCCUGACGGCAAAUUCUUUCCGAAAAUGGCCGGUCCUGGAGAUGGAACUCACAGAAGCCCCAGAAACUCUGACUUCAGAGGUCUACCUCAAGCGACCGAAUCUGGAACUUUAUGGAAUUAUGAAAGGUCACGGCGUCACUAAUGCGGAAGAGCAACUCUCGCAGCAAUUUUUAGCUGAGGCUGAGGUGAUGACAGCAAUUUCCAAACAUCCGCAUCCGAACAUCGUCCGCUAUUACGGCUGCGGAGUUGUGAGAGGACAUAUCACCGGGCUGGUCAUGGACAGACAUACUCACGACCUGUACCGUUAUCUGAAGGAGGCAGUUGGGAAGUUUGAGAAAGAACCACUCAUGGCGGCACUGGAAUCGGCUAUUCAGCACCUACACACGCUUGGUUGGGCACAUAAUGAUCUGACUCCCUACAAUAUCUUGGUGCACAGAGAUGGCAUGCCUGUGUUGAUCGAUUUCGGAGGGUGCCAGCUUGUUGGCACGCAUCUGAAAUACGUUCGAGAUCGACGGUAA